AUGUACCUAUCUAUCUAUCUAUCUAUCUAUCUAUCUAUCUAUCUAUCUAUCUAUCUAUUCAUUUUAAAAUCAUCUAUCUAUCUAUCUAUCUAUCUAUCUAUCUAUCUAUCUAUCUAUCUAUUUAUCUAUCUAUCUAUCUACCUAUCUAUCUAUCUAUCUAUCUAUCUCUAUAUGGAAAUAAAUUCAGUCAUUUUAAAAUCAUCUAUCUAUCUAUCUCUCUAUCUAUCUCUAUAUGGAAACAAAUUCAGUCAUUUUAAAAUCAUCUAUCUAUCUAUCUAUCUAUCUAUCUAUCUAUCUAUCUAUCUAUCUAUCUAUCUCUAUGGAAACAAAUUCAGUCAUUUUAAAAUCAUCUAUCUAUCUAUCUAUCUAUCUAUCUAUCUAUCUAUCUAUCUAUCUAUCUAUCUAUCUAUCUCUAUAUUCAUUUUAAAAUCAUCUAUCUAUCUAUCUAUCUAUCUAUCUAUCUAUCUAUCUAUAUAUGGAAACAAAUUCAGUCAUUUUAAAAUCAUCUAUCUAUCUAUCUAUCUAUCUAUCUAUCUAUCUAUCUAUCUAUCUCUAUCACUGAGUCGCACAUGCGGACGAACACACAGAUUUGUGCUGUGUGCUCCAUCCCUGAAGGUGAACUGCUCUACUAUCUAUCUAUCUAUCUAUCUAUCUAUCUAUCUAUCUAUCUAUCUAUCUAUCUAUCUAUCUAUCUAUAUUUCUUUCUAUCUAUCGAAAUAUCUGAUCCUUACAGCAUGUGAAUCUAUCACCUCCUGUUGUCUAUCUAUCUAUCUAUCUAUCUAUCUAUCUAUCUAUCUAUCUAUCUAUCUAUCUAUCUAUCUCUCUCUCUCUCUAUAUAUAUAUAUAUAUAUAUAUAUAUAUAUAUAUAUAUAUUAUUCUGUUCAUAUCUAUCUAUCAAUCUGUCUGUCUGUCUGUCUGUCUCAUCUCUCCCUCCCUCUCUCUCUCUCUCUCUCUCUCUCUCUCUCUCUAUCUAUCUAUCUAUCUAUCUAUCUAUCUAUCUCAGUCUUUCCUUGUUUGUAUCUCUCUCUCUCUCUCUCUCUCUCUCUCUCUCACACACACACACACACACAUUAA